AUGCCAGCUAGUCAUAAUGGGAGCAUGGGAAACCCCGUUGAUGAGACAGGUGCUGUCUUCGAUGCCGCUCAAGAUAAUGCAGGCGCUUUGGGUAGUAGCGAAAUGCAACCUCUAAAUAGUGAAUCUGACAUUGAAUUUGUGAUUGACAUUUUUAUUCAAGCUGUGAAAGAUGGGAAUCUAAAAGUGGUGAAGGAGAUGGUCGAAAGUGGGGCCAUUGAUAUUAACAACGACUGUAUUGAUGAAAUUCCAGGCUUGCAUUGGGCCUGCAUUAAAAAUAGAUUUUCUGUAGCAGAAUUCCUAGUACUUCGGGGAGCAAACCCUAACCAAACAGCAGGCUCUGAGAGUGCUACCGCCUUGCACUGGGCUGCAAGAUAUGGUCAUGUAUACAUUGUUGACUUACUACUCAAGCAUGGGGCUGAUCCAACACUCAUAGAUAAACAAGGCCUUAAUAUUAUUCAUUUUAGUGUUUACAGUUCUAAUAUUUUGCUUGUUGUCUACGUUCUCUACUUUGUCGUAAACAACAAUAACAAUAUCGACAUCGAUUCAAAAGAUAAAAAUAACAGAACACCCCUGCUGUGGGCUGCCUACCAAGGUGAUUUUCUAACUGUAGAACUUCUGUUAAAAUUCGGCGCCACAGUUGCAUUAACAGAUAAUAGGGGAUUCAAUGCGCUUCAUUGUGCUAUAAUUGGUGGCGAUCAAAGGGUCAUAUGUGACCUAAUACUUGACGGCGCAAAUUUUUACGAAAGAAAUAAUCAAAAGCAAGACUGCUUUGAUCUUGCUGAAGGAAUGGGAAUGAAAUCACUGUUCGAGCAAGCCUUGCAACAUCAUGGAUAUGACAGACUCGGAAACCCAAAAGAUAAAUUAAUUAAGAAGAGCUCGCAUGCACAGUUCAUUACUUUUUUCUCACCUUUUUUACUUAUGGUUUACACUUACUUGAUUUCGCUGGUUCUUUCUCCAGUACUAGCCAUUCUGCUUUCUCUCCUGGUCACCGUUGUCACCGUAAAUUCCUUAAAAAAGUUUGUGUUACCAUCUCUUCCAAGAAGAAAGACCUACAAAGUUUCUUUAACUAGAACUACCUUUUUCAGUGGCCUGUUUCUGUCCACUUUCUGUUUUUUGAUAUUUGUUUGGACGAAAAAGUUGUAUCCAUAUAGUGUAUAUGACUAUAUCAUGAAAAACGUCCAGUUUUUGGUUACUUCACUCUUGACAUUUAUACUUUUUCUGAAAUUGGUACGAUCAGAUCCUGGUUGUUUGAAAACGGACGACAGUUUGAUUUCGAUACAAGAAACAAUAAAACAAUUAAUUCAAUUAGGAAAGUUUGACAGGGAAAACUUUUGCGUUGAGACCUUAGAAAGAAAGCCAUUGAGAAGCAAAUUUUCUCCUUUUAGUGGUGCCCUAGUAGCAAGAUAUGACCAUUUUUGUCCAUGGGUUUAUAACGAUAUUGGUUUGAAAAAUCAUAAGCUUUUUCUUUUUUUCGCUUUAACAGUCCAGUAUCACAUGUUUUUAUUCAUGUGGUUGUGUUUGGCUUAUUUUAAGAGAACAAACCAUAUUUAUGAACAGGUUGAUGGGUAUGCAAGAUGCGCCCUCUUUAAGAACGAGACUUUGUGUAAGGGUUCUAAUUACGAUCCGUCAACCUUUUUUUUGUUCAUUUGGGUUAGUGUAAACUUCUUGUGGCUGGGAGCCAUGUUGAUUGUUCAGUGUUUCCAAAUAUUAAAAGGAAUCACAGUUCCUGAAUUGUUUAUCCUAAUCAAAGAGGAACGUAGGGCUAAAUCUUUUAGUCUGAUACCAUUUGAAAAACCUAUAUAUUCCAUGGCAAGUAGUGAAGAUAAUGAUAUGAGGUCUGAAGGUGCAAUUGGGACAACCGUUACUCACACAAUUUCCAUUGAUGGUCUGGAACCAAGGAAUAGACGUCAUGCUAUUCUUGACGCAUGCUUUUCAAUGUUCGGUAUUAAUCAAUGUCUCGUUACCAUUAAGGAAAUGGUAGGUAUAUCCCACCUUUUACACGGGGAGGUUCAACAGCAACAUCAGAAAUCAAUGCUUCGAAGAUUUUUAGUGACAAAUCACUGGAGAACAAAUUUGACCGAUUUUUGGCUUAAUAGUGAUGUGACGGCGCCCUUAUGGCAACGGUUUUUUUACUCCUCUGAUACUUCGAAGGCUAUGCUAGGUGGAAUUGAGGUUGACUACUACGAGUUAUACGAAUAUCCUGCCCGAGAAGGAGAAGUACUAUGUUCAAACUAA